CUCCUUUCUCAAUCUUUCAUCCUGUUAUGCCGCAACCUCAUUGUCCCCAUUUGUAUGUUCAUCACGACGACUUAUGCAUAUGGUAUAAUGACAACAUACAAUGCACCCACACGACUGAGAUUGUUAUGUGCUUUUGAAACCAUUGUAGUUACUAUUUCUUCUUUAGUUUGAUCGAAGUCUCCAUCGGCUACUAGCUCAUCCCGGUGUCUCGUUCGUCAACGAUAUAAGGCACUUCUCUGCCCAGUCCUUCUUCAGCACAAGUCACUCUACUACUACUCCGAUAAUUCACACAACCAGCACGUAUUCACCAUUCCAACAAGAAUCAUGGAAACAGACCCCGACUCCGACCUUUCCGCCCUUCGCUCCCAGCUCUCAAGCGACAUGGCAGACGACCAGCUCGACAUUGAGUCCACCCUUCGCUCUUCUCGGUCCAAAAUCAAAGAGUUGAGAAGAGAGCUCGAUGCGGUCGACAUUGUCAUCGACAAGUUAGUUACGAGCUAUACUGCCCUAAGUAAGGCGUGGUCUAAAGUUGAUCAGAAGGCGGGUUUGACGAGGGUGCGAGAGUCGAUGGAAAAGGAUGGGGAAGAAGGUGGAGAUGAAGAAGGCGAUGACGACAAAAAACGGAAACGAAAAGAUUCCAGUGAAACAGAAGAUCCUUCGACUACAAGAAGUAGAAGGAGUUCGAACAGUUCUUCUCCUCCUAUAGACGUGUCGGAAGCUACACUCGAUGCAGUAGCGAGGAUCUUGCCGCAGCUGCAGUCAGAAGAGGGCAGUAGAAACAGUUUGGAGGAAGAGGAUAUGGCUGAAGUUGCCACUGGAGGUGGGGGAGGAGGAGGAGGAGGAGGAGGAGGAGGAGGAGGCAGUACGAGUCAUCAACAACAACAGCAAGGGAACAAGAAGAAAACCCACAUGGACAAGAGAGAGGUGAAGAGGGUUAGGACUGUUAGUCCUGAAUCUGGAUCUGGACCUGGGUCUGGAUCGGGAUCGGGAUCGGGAAUGGUGAUGAAGAGCAUUGAGGGGGAUGAGGUUGGUGUGAAUCAAGAAGAGGUGGAGCGAGACGUGAUUGAACACGAAGAAUUGCCUGACAAUGAGGCAAAAGUCAACCUUCGAAAGGACUUGCAAGUCAAUGUUGUGAUUCUGGAGCAACAGUUCAAGAGGUAUGAGGAGGACAUAAACAAAAGGUUGGAGAUGUAUAACGGCGAUAUGAACAGGAGAGUCGAGACGUUGGAGAACGACAUGAAUGAGAGGGUCGAGAAGCUGGAGAGGGAUGUACACAAGAGCAUCGAGAAGUUGGAGAAUUGGAUGAGUUGGAACGAAUGGGUUGGGGAGACGAUUACUUAUGGGGGAGAUGAUACAGAUGAUGAAGAUGAAGAGGAGGAGGACAGUGAGGAGGACAGUGAGGACGAUGAAGAUACUGAAGAGCACGACGACGAUGAUGACGAUGACGAUAACGAUGAUAAUGAACAACUACAACGGAAACCUACCUUCGCCGCCAGACGAUCACCUCCUGACAAAUUCGGCUAACCAUUGAUCUGGAGAUGACCCUGGUGAUGGGUAACGUCCCGGAUUGACAUUGCAGAUGACUCUUGUCAACAGUAAUGAGGUGGAAAGAACAGGCAUGGAGCAUAAGCUCAAUUUUGGGCUGCCCGAAAUUGAUGAGGUGUUGGACGAUAAGGCUGUCGAAGGAGAGGAAGUCAAGAAGAGAGGCUAGGUCAGGAAUCAGGGUGACAGACGGAGGAGACCGUUUCGAAAGAAACCGUCAAAACUGAUGCUUCUAUUUAUGAGGAAGAUAGGGAAAGCGAUAAGCACGAGGGCAGCUGGUAGAGUAAGGAACAUAGUUUGAAAAGAACACUGGCAACAGAUAUACGAACGGAUGAUGCCUCCAGGACUCCCUCAUGGGUCAGGAAGGCCGAGUAAAGGAAGAUGUCGCAGGCAAUUGACCGUUUGCAGCACCAUAUGACAGAUUUUCGAAAUGUUUCACAAUAGAAC